UCUUGCGAAAUGGGUGAGUCUCCCAUCAGCGGAUAUGAUUUGAAGGGAUCAAGGGGGCGCGGUCAACAUCCUAGAGGUAUACCAGCUAUAUAAGCCAAGACGGUGGCGUCUACUCCAACACUCUGUGACUGACUGUCGACGAGAUGAAGACCUUUAUCAUUGCAUUGGCUAUCAUUGGAGUGGUUGCUGCUGGGCCACGGGGUAGACGAGGUGCUAUUGAUCAUGGGUAUGGUCAUGGGGUGUCUUAUGCAGGAAUUUACGCUGAUCAUGGUUACGGAGGGCAUGGAUAUGCUGGUCAUGGAUAUGGAGCGCAUGGUGUAGCACUUGCUGGACCUGUUCUGGGUCCAGCUAGUCUUGCUGGACCUCAUGUUGGUGCUUCGUCUCUUGCUGGGCCUAGUAUUGGUCCAUCACAUCUGGCUGGAUCAGUUGCUGGGCCUGUUCAUGUUUCGGGAGCUGUUGCAGGACCUGCUACUGUCACAGCGUCUGUUGCCGGACCCGCACAUGUUGAACACUUUGGGGGACCUCUCGAUGGGUCUUAUGACGAGGGCUACGGCGGUUACGCGGGUUAUGGGCAUGGAGGGUAUGCGCAUGGUGGUUAUGGAGGAUAUGCGAAAGGACUCGCUGGAGGGUAUGGAUAUGGUGGUCAUGGUGCUCACGGUGCUGUGAUCGUUGGACCUGCAACGCAUGGAGCUGUCUACGCUGGUCAUGGUACUCAUGGAGCUGUCCUCGCUGGGCCCCACUCUCAUGGAGCUAUUCUCUCAGGACCUCACACCCAUGGUGCUGUCCUGUCGGGACCUCAUGCAGGUGCUGCCGCUGUUUCCGGACCACACGCCGGUGAUGUUGUCAUCGCCGGACCCUCCGGCAAAAUCACCGCACAUGGUACUGGUCAUGGCGCUGGAAUCCAUACAGGAUACGGUCAUGGUCAUCAUUGGUAAUGACUCGAUGCCCAUAAAUAUAAUUCAUCAGAAGCGAAUCAGCACUGUUUUGGGAGCAUGUGAAAGUGCUGAAGCGCUUUUUAACUUAUGAAUCUGAGAAAUUCGAUGGAAUUUUUAAUUUACUGAACCAGUUAUCUGUGGGAUUAUCGACUUGAUGAGCCUCUGGUCGAUUUUAUGUACAUAACAAGUCGAGUCUGUAUGCGCGAAAUAAACUCAUUCUUUUGUCUAUUGAAGAGAAAAUAA